AUGUCACCCCUCAAGGUCGCAGUGCUCGACGACUACCAGGGAGCCGCAGAGCCGCAUUUCAAGGCCCUCGACUCGUCCAAGUAUGAGGUGACCAUCUUCCGGGACACGCUGCCGGCGUACAACCACCCAGACACCGCCGACCAAGUCAAGGAGGAGCUCGUCAAGCGACUGGGCCCCUUUGCCAUCAUCUGUGAGGAAAAGCUACCUGGUACUAUGCGGGAGCGCACUCCGUUCCCCGCGGCACUUGUCGAGCGCCUGCCCAACCUGCAGCUGCUCCUGUCGACGGGCGUCCGCAACGCGUCGCUCGACCUCCCCGCGCUCAAGGCGCGCGGCAUCCCCGUCGGCGGCGCCCACGACUCGGGUCGCAAGGCCGUCGAGGGCCCCGACGGCACGACGCAGCACUGCGUGACGCUGAUCCUGGGCGCGGCGCGCAACCUCGCGGCCGACGACGCGGCCGUCAAGGGCGGGGCGUGGCAGACGGGCUUCGCCACGAGCCUUACGGGCCGGACGCUGGGGCUCGUGGGCCUGGGACGGCUGGGCGCCGCCGUGGGCAGGAUCAUGAGCCUGGCGUUCGGGAUGCGCGUCGUGGCGUGGAGCAGCAACCUGACGCAGGAGGCGGCGGACGAGAAGGCGCGGGCGAUGGGCCUGCCCGUGGAGCGGCCCUCGGACGGGGAGAAAACCUUCCGGGCCGUGAGCAAGGAGGAGCUGUUCCGCGAGGCGGACGUGGUGUCUGUGCACCUCGUGCUGUCGGAGCGGUCAAGGGGCAUUGUGGCCGCGCCGGAUCUGGCGCUCAUGAAGCGGACUGCGAUCCUGGUCAACACGUCGAGGGGUCCUCUGGUCGCGGAGGAGGAUCUGCUGCAGGCGCUCGAGGAGGGCAAGAUCCGCGCCGCGGCGCUGGAUGUUUUCCCUGUCGAGCCGCUGCCGCUGGACAGCCGGUGGAGGACGACAAGGUGGGGGCAGGAUGGCCGGAGCCAGGUACUGCUGACGCCGCAUAUGGGCUAUGUGGACAAGGAUACCAUGGACGAGUGCAACGCGAGUCAAAGCUUCUCUUUGCUGCGCGUCUUCUUUUCCACAGCGCUUUCGCACCCCGUCACCAUCACCGUCACCAUCACAACUCCAGCCUCUCUCUCUUUGGCUUCCAACCUGCUCCAACCACAGAGAAAGAAAGCGCACUUCAAGCACAGCACAAUCCAGGAGACAGUGCUUUUCCAUACGCACUCCUUCUUUUGCACGAUCUCCUGCAUUUCUUUUCUCACAUUCUGCAACUUUGACCCUGUGUCUGGCCCUCAUGGGCGACUGUGCAUGGCAGAGAUCAAGACAUCUGCCAUCAUCAGUCAAGCCGCAGGGCCAUUAAUCAAGAUGCGGACUGACAUGCCCGGUUCAGAGACCGCCUACCAGGAUCUGCUUGCGCGCAUCGCAGAAAAUCAAGUGGUCAUCAAGUCCAUCAAAAUGGACAUUGAACGCCACCUGUCCAAGAAAUCUUCUUCCAAGAAGGCCUCCGUCAAGACAGAGCUACCCAUCUUGGGUGGGAAGACCGCCGUCCCACUCCAGUCGAGCCAGGCACGCGCUCUGAAUGCGCCCGCACAACGUCCCUCUUCCGGGUCCCGCCAUUCUCCAGGAGCCCUGGAGACCUAUCUUCCUCCCUGGAACCCGCCUCCCCCUCUGUCCCGGAAGGACCCUGCCCUUACCAAGCCAGAGCCAGAGUCAGAGCCAGAGCAAGAACCCGACCAAAAACCCUUGCCCUGGCAUCGCAGGUUUCCGGAGGCGAAAAUGACACAAUAUGUGACCCCGGUUACCGAGCUGAGCCGGGAGUGCCAACUGCGCCACUUCAACCCCAAGUUCACCAGAGUCAGUCCCAAGGGUAGCAACCGUUUCCAGUGGGAGGUCACAAUCAAGGACCAAGUCAUCCGUGACACGGAGACACAUCAUGAUAGCUACUUGGCCAAGAUGCACGUGGCCAGGAAGGCACUUCACAUCGUGCUGUCUUGGCCUGUGGACAAACGCAAGGAGCCGGGCGCCGGUGUCCUGCCGAGUCUGAACCCCUCCAUUCGCCCAUAUGGUGGUAGAGGUCGGACCGUUACAAGCCCUGAGCUUCUCGCUAGUCUCAUGCGCUCAGACGUCCGUCAGGCCUCCGGUGAGGACCAUGCCCUCGAGACCGCCGGCGAGGACCAUGCCCUCAAGACUACCGAGAAGGUCCAACCCCAAUCUGUUGCCCCCGAGCCGGCUCCAAAUCCCUCGAACCCGAUCCUCGAAAUGGUCCAGAAACUGGACCGCGAGGGCCCUGGAUACCAUCUUCCUUCAUUCCUAAAUCCCGAGGCAUUGGACUUCGAGACUCGGACCGCGAUGACCACCCCGGACCCCACUCAUGCCACCUCCUGCCCGCCUGUCACUCAUUACGGAGUCCCGCCGUUUAUCCCCUAUCCAUACGGACUUUCGGCUGGCGCGUUCAGCGGUGACAAUUCUUUCUCGAGGAGCGAUGUUCCCUACACUGGUCCCAUUGUCCCGGAUGAUAGAAGCCAGCCUUCUCCGAGCGUGAUGGGCUUCCCUCCUCCUGAUGUCCACAGCAUGGCGCCACCCCCUCCGCCUGUGGCUGUCCCCCAUCCUCUUGCUUACCCUGGUGGAGCGAACUCUAUCCCCGCAGUUCACGAGACUGGCGGCGCCUUUGCUCAUGCAAACGAGCUGUCAAAGGCCGUGAUCGACCUUGGCACCCAGCCUCCCCAGGGCUCUCUGCUGGAUGCAGAGAAGGAGAAGCUAGAGGACGUCCGAAUUCUGCGCCAAGAGAUUGAGCAGGUGAUUGGUGAGCCAAUCGAUCUGGAGAUUACCCAUGCACCCAACCUGGUGGCCAUCUACCUCCGGGGCUUCCUCUCGGGAGCCAGGCGCGGCAUGGCAGUCUCCGAGAGACGUACCGGCGGUGAUGGCCGCGUGUCGCGACAGGGAUAG